CCAGUGCAACGAUGUGCAUGCUACAACGAAACAUCAUGAAUCGAACUGCAGGGCAGAUAUCUGCUCCUGUGUGACCUCUCCAACAGAUUUAUCCUCGCUGUGACCCUCUUUUCCUACCACUUUCCGACGACAGUGUGCCUGUCGGCCUCCCCGAGCGAAAAACGAAGCACAAGGGGUUCCCCACAAUGUCGCGCGAUAUUCUCGUCGUCGGUGCGGGCAUUGCUGGUCUCGCCAGUGCUAUUGCCCUUUCCAACGAGCUCGCCCCCGUCAUUCCCGGACUGAAAAUCACGGUGUAUGAUGGCUCACGGGAGCUCACGACGUCAGGCGGCGCCAUCAGUUUGACACCGGUCGCUCAAAGGUACCUCGAUGAGUUAGGGGUCUUAUCCGAGUUGAACCAGAUGAGCGAUCACGCUGGGAUUGAAGUGGACGCCAUUGAUUUGUUUUCCGUGCGUGCCGGCCGCCGUUUGGGGCCCCUCCGAUUUACCGAUGAGAACGGACAUGGUUACGGUGGCUAUAAGGGUCGUCGGGUAUUGCGCAGCGCUUUGUCGGAAGCCAUGCUGGCAGUGGCUCGCAGGCUGCCCAAUGUCUCGGUUCACUACGAUAAAAAGCUAGUCAGAGGAAACACAACGGCGGAGAAUGUCACAUUGCAGUUCGAAGAUGGUUCAACCGCCACAGGGGACUUGGUCUUGGGAUGCGAUGGAGUUCACUCGGCGACACGAACAAAAAUCGUAGAUCCCGGCAACCGAUCCGAGUAUACCGGUAUCUCUUUCAUACAAAGCAUGGCCGACGCCCGGAACUUUACCGCAACGAUGCCCUUUACUCAAACCGCGGUACACCUCGCCCGGCAUAGCUCGCUCCUAACGAGCUACUGCGACCCAAAACACGAGAAGCUCUUUGUGGCGGCUAUCGUUCGCGUGAGCGAACACCUGAUCGAGAAAUACCAGGCGAUGUCGGGAACGGACCUGGCGGCACAGAAGAACAUGAGGAUGUCAAUGCGUUACCUGGUCCGGGCGCAGUUCGGCAUGUCAAGUCUACCGUACAUCCGCGAGAUCAUUGAUCGCACCGAGGAUUGGAUACUAUACCCUGUAUACCAGGUUCGUCAACGAGGAAAAUGGUACACAGAUCGGAUACUGUUACUCGGCGAUGCCGCGCACGCAAUGCCUCCGCGCGAUGAAUCGGCUGCGUAUGCGGUAGAGGAUGCGAUUAUAUUUUCCAAACUCUUGGCGGAGAAUCCCGACUGUCAGCUAAUCACAUUGUUUGAAGAAUACGAAGAGCUUCGACGAGGACUAGUCAACAAGGCAUUUGAUGCGUCACGCAGGCUGUGGCAAAGUGACCUUGACAAGGGCCUCUUUCCUGGCCAAACUCGCGAUCUGAUGUCUCCUGUCCAUCUUCCACCCGACAGCCGUAUUGGAAAGCGUGCCACACAGCCGAUCAACAAGACUAAACUACCCGCUCCGACCCACGAGAGCUUCUCAGAUCUGUCCGUGUACUCGUUGACCAGCGAUCUUGGGCGAACUGUCGACGCGACGAAUGUUGAUUAACGCCGAUCACCAAAAUGGAAGCUUAGCUGCCAUAGGUGUGCAUCUACUUCGCUGCAUCUCCUACAUAUGCAUGGCCUCAAACGGCCCGCUUAUAGCUGAUUUACGGCAUUGUAUUCAAGAGAUUCAUCACAGUGGUCUAGUGGCCAUGCUCCUGGUAAUGCCCAUGGGCUCUUUCCAAACACCUACCGUGUUGCCUCGCCUUAUUUACACGCUUCCUUUAUCUUCCCAUCCUUUUCCAGCCAACUUUUCACAGUUC